CUCCCAGUUCCCCCCCAGUACUCCCCAGUGCUGAACAAGCUGUUCUGCCGCCUGGCCAAGCCGUGCCCGGUGCAGGUGAGGGUGGGGGUCCCGCCGCCCCCCGGGGCCCUGCUGCGGGCCCUGGCCGUCUACAAGAGGUCGGAGCACGUGGCCGAGGUGGUGAGGAGGUGCCCCCACCACGAGAGGGCCGGGGGAGACCCCCAGGGCAAUGCCCCUGCCCAGCACCUGAUCCGGGUGGAGGGGAACCCCCAGGCCCGGUACCAGGACGAUGAGACCACCAAGAGACACAGCGUGGCCGUGCCCUACGAGCCCCCUGAGGUGGGCUCGGAGAGCACCACGGUCCUGUACAACUUCAUGUGCAACAGCUCCUGCAUGGGGGGCAUGAACAGGAGACCCAUCCUCACCAUCCUCACCCUCGAGGGGCCUGGGGGUCAGAUCCUGGGCCGGCGCUGUUUCGAGGUUCGGGUCUGCGCCUGCCCCGGGCGCGAUCGGCGCCACGAGGAGGAGAGGCAGCGCAAAAGGGGCGGGGCCAAGGGCGGGGCCAAGCGAGCCCUGUCCCCCCCGGCUGAGACCCCCGAGAGCUCCAAGAAGCGAGUGCAGGACCCCGAGGACGAGAUCUUCUACCUGCAGGUGCGGGGCCGGCAGCGCUUCGAGAUGUUCCGCAUGGUCAACGAGGCCCUGGAGCACACCUACGGGGGGGGGGCGGCCCCCCGAAAGUCCAAGAGGCGCCGCCCACGGGGGGAGGGGCGGGUGCCCCGUGGGAAAAAGCUGCUGCUCAAGGGGGAGUCGGGGGACUCGGAUUGACCACGCCCCCUUCUCCUGGAGGCCACGCCCACUUCACCUAUAGGCCACACCCCCCCACCACACCCACCCACCCUCGCUUCUCAUUGGCCCAUCUAUCCUGCAUAGCCCCACCCACUUAUCCUGCGUAGCCCCGCCCACUUCGUGCUUAGCCAUGCCCCACAUGUCAAUCAAUGCUGUAGCCACACCCCCAACCCUUAGCCACACCCCCUGUGCCCAUUAUAACCCCUGGGCUUUAGCCACGCCCACAUGAUUUAUGCCACACCUCGAUGAGUUUUUAUAGGCCACGCCCCCAUCCUGCAUGACGUCAUCCCCUGGCCACGCCCCCGCGGGUUUUUAAUGGGUUUUAUACAAUAAAGGGAUUUUUAUAGCG